GUCCACUUGCGGUGUGGGGGUUGAUUGUGGCUAUCGUUGCAUUCUAUUCUCAGAAAUGAGUUUUGUGGAAUAUAGAGAUGUCAUUCAGAAUGGUGACACUGCCAUCAUCUUCCUCGGUCAUGACUCAAUGUUUGCCAUCAAAGUUCAGCAAGGUGGUUCAACACAGACAAAAUAUGGGGCUAUCAAGCACUCUGCUGACCUAAUUGGAAAAAAGUAUGGGUCAAAAGUUACAUGCAGCAAAGGAGGGUGGGUGUAUAUACUGCAUCCUACUCCAGAACUCUGGACUGUGACUCUACCUCACCGGACCCAGAUUCUGUAUUCCACUGAUAUUUCUAUGAUCAUUAUGAUGCUCGAAUUGAAACCAGGAUCGAUUGUCUGUGAGUCAGGUACAGGAAGUGGUUCUCUUUCUCAUGCUAUCAUUCGGACCAUUGCACCAACAGGACAGCUAUACACUGUCGAGUUUCACAAACAACGAGCAGAAAAAGCUGAAGAGGAAUUUUGUGAUCAUAAAAUAGAUCAUUUGGUCACAGUGAAAAACCAAGAUGUUUGUAAGGAAGGUUUUGGAGUUGUCAAUAUUGCAGAUGCUGUAUUUCUGGACAUCCCAUCACCUUGGGAAGCUGUAAAAUAUGCAAAGUCCGCUCUGAAAACUGAAGGUGGAAGGAUCUGUUCUUUCUCUCCCUGUAUUGAGCAAGUACAGCGCACCUGCCUAGCAAUGACUGAGCAAGGCUUCAUGGAUAUUCAUACUUUUGAAAUUCUUCUCCGUGUAUAUGAUGUCAGGACUGUGAGUCUGCAGCUCCCUGACCUUGGUGUGGGAGACACAAAUAACCAAGACACACUGGCUGACAAGAACCAAUCAAAGGAAGACAGCUGGAGUGAUUUACAACCGGUAACUACCCAGUUUAAAAGUGGUGCACCUCUGAGAGAGAUGGCAGGUCAUACAGGAUAUUUGACCUUUGCUACAAAAUAUCUUUCAUAAGCAUCAAGUAAUUCUAUUUUGAACAUUUUAUCUUUUUUCCAAAAAAGCUUGAACCUGGAAUCCAUUUCCACAGGGAUUUGCAUUUAUCAAGAGCUGUUCCAGUCAGCAUUGGCAAACUCUUAACCUUUUAUUUUGUUUUUGCAAAAACUGUCAGAGAAACAGCAAUGAAUUGAAUGUAAAAUCAGAACAUGGGCUGUAAAUGGUAUGAACCUGUGGGCUCUAAACCACUUAUAAAUUCCAUGUAGGCAAGCUGCGCUGGCCUCCUUUCAUCUGUCCUUUAUUUCUUGAUUUUUUUAUUUAACUAAUUUUCUAAUAAACAUUUUAUA